AUGUUAUCAUUAAAAGGUAUUUUGAUCAUCACUUCGUGGACUAUUUGUAUAGCUCUUACCAGUAUUUAUGGUGUUUAUAGUGCUGGUGAUUAUACAUUACAUUUUAUUAAAUUUUGGUACAAUAAUUAACUCAUUCUUAUUAACUUAUAACUUGUUAUUUUUAUUUCUACAUAGACAAAAAACAAUUUGGUAAGUCACCUAUAUUUACAUAUUUAGUACAAAGGUAAAAUUAUAAUAACCUAUACUAAACUGUAUAGUAAUUAUACGAUAAGAUAGAAUUGAAUUGAAAUGAUAUACUAAUCCACAAACUUGUUGCUUAUUAUUAAUAUAGAAAUUUGAUUUUAUAAAUUAUUUAACAACGAAGAAAUACUAUAGGCUGGGACUUUAAUAAUUUUAUAGAUUUUGGUUCCGAUUAGGAUCUUAAAAAAAAAGAAUUAAAAUUCCGGUACUAGUUAAUGUACAGUUUUAAAUUUAUGUUCCGGUUCCGGUUUUUAUAAUAUUUCAUACUAUAUCAUAUAACAUAUCAUAUAUCAUAUUUCUUGAUUAUAUGAUAUAACCAAGAAAAAAUAAGUAUAUAUAAAAUAAUUAAAUAUGACAAAAACCACUCCAAAAAGCGAAGCUUGUGCUUGGAGUAGGUAUAAUAUGGGUUCAUUUUGGUUAAUAUCAGUUUCCGACAUCAAGUUACUUUUUUUAUUUAAAGAAUCUUUAUUAUUAUUAUCAGAAUUUACAGUAGUCUGAAAACAGGAUAAAAUAUUUUUGCAUUAUUUCCAAAAAGUACACAUUUAUUAAUAAUUAUGGUUUUUUAUUUACAUUAAUUUGUUAAUUUUCUUUUUAACUUUAUGAAACCAAUAAUAACCUAAAAGAACCUUUAUUUCAUUUAAAAGGUUCUGAUUCCAGUAUUUUAAUGGUAUUGGCAGUCGGUACGUUUGUGAUCACGACCUUGGGGAUGUUAGAAUUAUCUAAGGGGGCAAUGGAAGUUACAAGCUUAAUUGGGGGUGUUGGAUUGCAAAAAGGGGCGGUGACUGUUUCAAUUUUUUUCAACAAUAUUAUGUAACACAAAUGUACAUGUGUAUUUUGUAUAUUUUUGGAAUAAUCGUUUGUCGUCUGUCGAAUCCGGUCCUUAUCGCGAUAACAUCUAUAAUAUUUUGAAGUGAUCUAUCCUAUGUUAUCUGAAUUCUAUUUGUAUUUAGUAUACUCGGGGAUGCGGACUGUGUUUGUUUUUUAUCGGUUUUAUAAUAAUUGCCAUAUUUUUCGUAUUUAAUUGUAUAUAUCAUGGCUAAAAUGAAGAAAAAAUGUAGGCAGUAUAAUAUUUAAUAUUAAAAGUACAGUUUCAUUCAAUAUCAUUCGCCUGCAAAUAUUACAUUACUGAUGUGCCUCAUUUGCCAAAAAGUUUUUACAAAUGCAAGCUAUGAAACUGUCAAGAGUUCAUGCUUAAAAAAAAAUAUGGAUAUUUUUUUUUUCCUAGUAAAACUCCAGAUCAUCUCAUAAGGAUACCUUUUUUUUUUAUUUAUACUUGUAUAAUAUACAUUAUACAAUAUUAUAAUAAAACAUUUACUUAUAUUCUAUGCUAAAUAAAUAAAUUUUUCAUUGCAUACUUUUGUACUUAUACAUUUUUCUUUAAGGGGCGUCUGUCAGAUAUUUUUUUUCUAAGUGUGCGGUAAAGUUUAAAAGCUUGGGAACCACUGAUGUAGACCCUUUUUUUGAGAUGGUACUUUAAGGAGGUCAUUUUUUCUUAUGAGUUUUCACAUCAAAUACGAAAAACCGAAAAAAAAAACGAGAAAAUGUAAGAAAUGUAGGUAUUGGUUAAAAUCUGCUGGGACUCUAUGAAACUUGUUAAAUUAAAUAUUCCAAUAUUAUUCCUAAAAUAUAUUUAACAGUGAUUUUGCUAUCGGUUAUUGGAUUAUUAGUAAAAUGUUAAUAAACAAUGAUUGCAAUUAAAAGUGAAUGAACUUAUAUUGCAAUAUUUAAACGAAUAUUUUUCCUUAAAAUUCUAGUUAAAAAUAGAUAGGUAGGUACUACGUAUAAUAUGAGAUAAACAGGUUUUUAAAAUUAUUAUUAUAUCAUCAUUAAAAUGGAACUUAACAACUUUUAUAAUCUCAAUAUGAUAAAAUUAAAUAAAAUUAAAUAAGUUUAAAAUGUAUUUACUCGCAUAAGGUAAAUAGACAUUACAAUGCUUAACUCAUAACGUCCUCUUAAUGUCAUAAGGGAAUAAUCACGAUUGAUAUAAACUUCCUCUUGAGCGCCUGAUUUUAAUCAGUAUCCUAAAUUACGUUUUUUUUUUUACUUUUACAUUAAGUAUCCUCCAACCUACCAACAUUUGUCUUAAAAUAAUAAUAAUAUAAUAAUAAUGAUAAGAUAUAUUAUAAUAAAAAUGAUAAUGAUAAUUGUUCUCAUAGAACAUAAGAAAGCAGGGAUAUUGCUUUUUAAAUUCAAAAACAUCAUGUAUUUAUGAAACUUAUUCAUAUGAUUGAUUAAAUUUGUAUUAAUAUUAGUCUAUUUUCAUUGAGAACUGCUCAUUAGUUCACCUAAUUUAAUAUUAUGUAAUAUAAAUAUAUCAGUAACCACAAUGUCUGAACAUUAUUAGCCAUUAGGUAUAAACAUAAUAAUUAUAUUAUUACAAUAUUUCUUGUUUUAGAAAAAGAUAAUAUAAAACAAAGCCAGAGUUCACUAAUUACAAAAGGAAGUCAAGGUAGGUUAAGCAAUGUAUACAAAAUAACAAUGAUUAUAAAUACUGUCAGUUGCUGACUGGUCACAUUUUCAGCGAAACUAAAUACAACUUUCAAUAGAUGGCUAUAAAAUACUAUAAAAACUCAACACGAGCAGUAUUUAUACUGUUUAUCUGUAAUUUUAUUUCUUUUCGUAAUAAGUAUUUUGUUUAUUAUUAUUUAUUCGUGUCGGUCACUAGAGUUACUUGCUAUUUAAUCUUGUAGAAGUAUCAAAUACAAGUAUUUGAAUUAUACUCUUAGUAUUUAAAUACUGAAAAGUAAUAAAUGUUUUUAAAAAUAAAUAAAUAAUUUAUAAGUAUUUUUAUUUUGGAAUACUAAUGUUAUCUACAAAUUUGAGAAUUCCGAUUGUCAGUUGUUCAAUAAAUAUUCAAGAAAAUGUCUUUCAAGUUAAAAGAGUAUGAUAGCCUCAUAUUUUUGUAAAAAUCAUCUAUUGCUUUAUCUUGCUCUACAGUUAGCUCUAGCUCUAUAUCUAAACAAAUUGAAUCUUAUAAUAAUUUCGAUUAGCGAGUGGAAAAUAAUUAUAGUGUAAUAGUGACGUGUGACUAUACGAUUCUGUAUGUUUGUCUCUUAUAGUAGUACGACAAUGUAUACGUUCGCCAAACCACUUCGUUUUUACUACCUGGCUCUUAAACUAGUACGUUUGAGAACAAAAAUGAUUGGAAAACACCGAAAAAAGCUUAAAAAAAAACAGGAAAGUUUACAGUGAGUAGUAAUUUCUAUGCAGUAAAUAUGUUGAAUGUAUACAAUUUAUUUGGUGAGGGGAGUAGAACUAAAUGGUCCGCAGUGAUGCAAAGUUUAUAAUAGUGUCUAAUAUUAAGUUGGUAUCCACAGGUAUAAUAUAAUGUAUUAUAAAUAUAUACCAUAAAUUAUGUACAGAUAUUUUAUAUUGUGUGUAAAUACUAAAUAAUAUGUAAGUUAGGUACCUAUUAUGAAAUUCGGCUUUGUAUCCGUGUAUGCGUUGACAACGUAUUAAAAUCAUAUCCAUACGCAAUCGUACUAGUAUAAAGUUUAAGUAGUAAAAACGAAUUGGUUUUAUAAACGUAUGGAAUCGAAUGUUUACAGAGCCUCAAUGGUCUAAAUUAUUCAAAUUAUUGUCAUUUAGCAUUUGACCUUCAAUAUUGUGCCAUGUAAAUAGCAUUUCUAUUUGCUUCUAAAUAGUCUUUUUACACAGAUGUAAAAUUUCAAUAGGUGGUCCAUUGUUUGUUCUUCUCCAUAUUCGCAUACCCUCAUAGGGCUAGCAGGUCUUUCAAAAUAAUAUACUCACUUUUUACUCUUUUAAAUUGACUACGCAAUCCAACAUUGAUUCAUAAUCGAUUUAAAAUUCUUUAAGUUGUUAUUUCUUUCAAACUCAGAAGCAAAAAUUUCUGUUAAGGUUACUUACGCUAUUUUGCCUCCAAUUAAACCACUAGCUUUUUCGAUUUUCUUGUCGCUAGAAUUCUUCGUGAAACAUUUGUAAACUAUUUCUAUAUUUAAGCCGAUAUAAUUGAUGUAUGAAUCGUUUUAUUUAGGAUUGGAUUAUGUCAGAUAAAUCUACAUUUUAUUAAUUAAGGUAUUAUUUAUACAUUUGGUAACUAUCCGUAAUGUCUCAAUUAGAGCUACGUUAGUUUUCUUUUUAUUUCUUUCUCCAUAAUGAGCUUAUAAAUUAUUCGGUUAAAAGCAAAACGAUAAAGCAGUUACUUUUAGUACGUAUGUUUCCGCUUCCCAUGUGGAUCCUAUAAGUUCAUACUGUAGUUCAUUCGUUGCAUUUAUUUUCAUUUUUUUAUUGUCACGAUGUGCUUUGUAUGUUGAUGAUCGUUCGAGUAGCUCCCCAACUAGAUAUUUAAGAUUAAGGAUAUAAACUAACUCUAAACCCUUACGGUACUCAACGUUACACGAAGUUUUUGAUUGCUUUCUUUAUUUUUGAUGUGGAACAUGCGCUUCACAAAAUUGUAUGCAUACUUUAGUUUUUAUAGGAUAUUAAUGCUUAUAGUAUAUAGGUAAGCACUAACAAAUUCAGUAAAUUAAAUAUUUGUUUUUAGAAGUCAAUCGUUUCGAUUUACAUAAAACUGAACAGGAGAUGGACGAAGAUGAAGACGACGACAUUAUAAGCGAUAUUUCCAAUAAUAAACAAUUUGAAAAAGGUUAGCAGAAUAUACUUACUACUUAUAGAAAUGUUGAUAUUGAAGUCUUAUUAGCAUCCAAAUGCGGCAUUAGAAAAAAAGUAAUAUUUUCAACGUAGUCCGAAUGCGUCCCAGUUUACUUAAACUCUAAAUGUAACUCUGAAUUUUAGAUUUACUUUAGAAUGCACCACAAGGAGGUGAACUGGUUUAAACCUUAAAAAUAUGUAGUAAUCAUAGUAUUAUCUUGGCUUAUGCCUAUUAAGUUAGGAUAAAUGUACUAAUUGUAUAUUUGUAUACUAUAAAAACAUAAUAAAAUACUCGUAUAAUUAUCUUUUUUUCAUAUACCUAAAAAAAAUAUUAAACAUGUUAUCUAUACUUCUAAUGUUUGGUAUUUAAAUGUAAUUUUUUUCUUGACAAAAUCCAAUUUAGAUAAUAUUUUAAUCUAAAAUUCAUUAAUGUUUUACUCAAUUUAUGCAAUAAUCUUAUAUGUACUUCUUUAUGUUCUUAUUAUCUGCGAAGUUAAGAAUCACCACGAACCAAACCGGUUUACGCAACUUUGCCACUCGUUGGUGGUGUGAAUAAGUUGAUUUUAUUUUUUUUAUGUAAUGUCAUAUUUUAAUUUUUUUUUUUUCAUAAGCUGAGUUUAUCAUGGAACGCCUCAAAGAAUUGACGGGGGAAACUAAGGAUGAGCGAGGUAAUUCAACUAGUAUUUCUAAAUGUAAUAUAAUGUAGGUAAUUAUAAAUUAAUUUGUUAAUAAUAUGAUUAAAACAAGAAUACAUAAAUAUAUUUAAUGCAAUUUUCUUAUUUUAGUUCAGGACGAUAAUAUUAACAGAAAUGACGAUUAUGAUUUAGAUGGUAAGUGA